CAUUGAAUCAGUCGAAUAUAUGCGAUAAUGAUCGAAUGAAGGGUUUCGCGCCACCCGAUUCGCCCGCUCACACGAUCGUCAACGAAAACGAAAUCAGCGUAUCUUCUGCUUUCUGUCCAACUAAGCGUUCUCUAAUCGUCUUUAGGCAGUCGAGCAAAUAAAACCAAAGUGAUUGAACGAAUUUAAUUUAAUUCAAAAGCAUAUCCUCAUAGUGUUGUUAAAAGUGUCCAUUUGAAUAUUCCGGAAUAUUUGUUGUGCUUGCCAUCAAUCCUGAUUCCUGGGACAGUGGGACAUAUUCGAACAGGUGUUUGUGCAGCGCAUUUUGAAUCUGAGACUUCCCAAUGGAGAAUUCACGCUUUGCAAAUUUAUUACAAAGUUGCGGUCUAGAAGAUUACAUCGAAAAAUUUACAGAUGAAGGUAUCGAUGAUACCAACUUUGAAUUGUUGCAUAAUGAAAACGAUACACUCAAAGAAAUUUUUCCAAAAAUUGGACCAAGAAUGGUUUUCAAAAAAAUGUUGAGUGAUCUGCGAUUAUCGAGUGGGCAGCACUGUCUAAUUGAUGUUAAUCAAACGGUUGAACUUGAUAUGCCAUCUAUAUCAAGUGCUUCAACCAUUUCCAAUAAUAAUCUAUUCAUAGAAGUUGAAGACGAUUUAAAAUCAUUGUUGGAGCAUCCGCAGAUCUCAAACAUAUCAGAAAGUCCUGCAUUGGAGAGAAUAGGGGAGGAUAUAAAAAUUACUUCCUUAUUCGCACCCCUAAACUUAGAACAAGUUUUGAGGAAAGAUUCAGAGGGCCGAAUGAUAUUGCUGUAUCACCGAAAAUUGGACAACAAUCUGCGUAAUAAAUUGGCCAAAAUUAUUAUAAACGAAAUAAUACAAAAAUUCUCCAGUAGCAACUUAAAAUCAGAGGUAUUUACCAGAGCAUCCCAAGAAAUUUCAAGGCUCUUCCCCAAUGAAGCACAGGAGGUUUAUUUUACGCCAUAUACCAAGUCUAGUUCCAAUCUGAGGAAACAAGCACCAAGGGGAAAACUCUGGUCGAGAUAUAUUCAUGUUAAAGCUGGCCUGAGAUUGGCCGAAAAAUUUUCAAAUAAUUAUAAAUCAGAAGAACAUGCAUCAUUAUUGACAGAACCUUCUGAAGAAGUUAUUUCAAGUUUGAAAUUAUUAGAAUCAGACGCAACUGAUUUCCCAAGAUUGUUGCUGGCGUGGAAAGCAACUUUCGAAGAGAGAAGGGAUUUCAUUCUUAAAGAAGAUAUACUGAAUAUACUUAUAAAGUAUCCAAUAUUGAGAACCCAGAACGGUAUUCAGUUGUUCGAAUCUGACUUCGAUAGACAAAACCCUGGAGAAAUAGACAUUGUAUACAAAGAAUGGCCUAAAGUAGCGGAAGCUAUUAUUGACGAGUGCAAAGAUAGGAAAAUUGAUAUUGGAUCCGAAUUACAUGAUAGAUCCACAAAAGCAUUACUGAAGCUGCCAUAUCUUUAUCCCAUGAUAACCUUGAGAAACCAAGGUAAAACCUGGAGACCAACAAGACUCGAGUGCCAGGAAAGUUUUUUUGUCAGUGUAGAGAAACUAGCAGAUCUGGAAAAUUUGGUUCUGUUAAAAAAAAAUAAAUUGGCGAAAUUAAAGAUUCCAUUUCAACCCUUCGGUGCAGUGAUUGAGGAAGAAUAUUUUGUUGUAUUUUUUGACACUUACUACAAACUCGAUUCGCCCAUCAGAUGUCUGGAGGCAUUAUAUAAACUCUUCCAUGCUCUAAAUUUAGAAUAUCCUUUGGAAGGUAAGCACAUAUGGGAGACCAUUCAAGAGUUAGUAUUCAGAACAUCAUGUUUGAGAAAGACUAGCGCAGCAGCUGCAGUCAUAUCUGAUUUAAAAUUCCAUUUAGAGAAAUAA